AAGUACGCGAUCGGGACGCGCGUCGGUGUCGGCGCGCAGUGCGGGAGCUGCCUCGACUGCCACCAGUGCAACAUGCACGAAGAGCAGGUGUGCCCCAAGAUUCUCCUCACGUACAACGGGGCGCUUCCAGACGGUAGCAUCACGCAGGGCGGGUACGCCGACUACUACCGCUGCGACGCCGCGUUUGUGUUCCCGAUCCCAGACGCCCUCCCGUCGGAAGAAGCGGCGCCGAUGCUCUGCGGUGGCAUCACGACAUACGCGCCGCUCAAGCGUCAUGGCGCGGGUCCUGGCAAAAAGGUGGGCAUUCUCGGUAUCGGCGGUCUCGGCCAUUUUGGCGUGCAGUGGGCGGUCGCGCUCGGCGCUGACGUGACGGCGAUUUCGUCCUCGAACCGCAAGGAAGCCCUUUGCAAGGACGUGCUUGGCGCCCAUCACUUUCUCGACAUGUCCAAUGCGGCCGACGUGGCGGCGUACCAGCACCACUUUGACAUUGUCCUCUGCACGGCGAAUGGCCCCGACACCAACUGGGGCGACCUCUUCAACCUCGUUGCGACCAACGGUAAGUUUGUGCUCGUGGCGGUGCCCGAGAAGCCGAUCUCGUUCCACGCGAUCUCGAUCAUCAUGCGCCAGAUCACCGUGGUCGGGUCGGCGAUCGGGUCGCCCAACGAGAUUGACGACAUGCUUCAAUUUGCCGUCGACAAGAAGGUGCGCGCGCUCGUGCAAGUGAUGCCGAUGGCCGACGCUGCCGCCGCGCUGCAAAAAGUGCACCACGGCGACGCCCGCUUCCGCAUCGUCUUGGAAAACUAAAAUCGAUUGACUAACAUCACCAUUGCAUUCGUCUGUCAA